AUGGCCGCCUCGUGCAGGGAGCUGGCCGGGGCCGGCCUAGCGCGGCCGGCGACCUCGAGUUCGCAGCCCGGCCGGAGCCGGAACCAGCUCUGCUUCGCGCCGAUGCGGCAAGAAGAGCGGCAAGGGAGGAGCAGCAGGAGGGGCGUGAAGGUGGUGGUGGCGGCCGUGAGCGAGGAGCUGCCGAGGCUGGCGUCGGCCGGGAAGGGCGCGGGGGCGGCGGUGAGGCCGCCGCAGGGGAAGGUGGCGCUGCGGGCGGCGCUGACGGUGCGGCGGAAGCAGAAGGAGGACCUCAAGGAGGCGGUGGCGGGGCACCUGGACGCGCUCUGGGACAUGGUCGGCCGGGGCGUCGUGCUCGAGCUCGUCAGCACCAAGAUCGAUCCAAGGACGAGGAAGGCGGCGCGGAGCGGCGGGGCGUCGGUCAAGGACUGGUGCGCGAAGCGGGGCGCCAAGGGGGAGCACGUGGUGUACACGGCGGAGUUCACGGUGGACGCCGGCUUCGGCGAGCCGGGCGCCAUCGUCGUGGCCAACCGGCACCACCGCGAGUUCUUCCUCGAGAGCGUCGUCGUCGAGGGCAGCGCGCUGCCCUGCGGCACCGUCUACUUCGACUGCAACUCCUGGGUGCAGACCACCGGGGACCUGCCCGGCGACGGCAACAGGGUCUUCUUCAGCAACAAGCCGUAUUUACCGUCUCAAACACCUCCCGGGCUUAGAGAAAUAAGGGAGAAGGUGCUGAGAGAUCUACGAGGAGAUGGUACCGGGGUUCGAAAGAUAUCUGACCAAAUAUAUGAUUAUGCCAUGUACAACGAUCUGGGGAAUCCAGACCGGGGUAAAGAGUUCAUCAGACCCAUCCUUGGAGGCGACAAGAUCCCUUACCCACGUCGAUGUCGGACCGGUCGUCCACCAACUGAUACUAACAUGCUAUCUGAGAGCAGGGUGGAGAAGCCGCAUCGAAUAUACGUACCUCGAGAUGAGACAUUUGAGGAGCUGAAACAGGGAGCCUUUAUAUCAGGGAGGCUCCGAGCAGUACUUCACACCCUAAUCCCCUCGCUAAUUGCAUCAAUCUCAGCUGACACCCACAACUUCCAAGGCUUCCACCACGUUGACAACCUGUACAAGGAGGGUCUCAGGCUCAAGCUAGGCCUCCAGGAGCACCUGUUUCAGAAGAUACCAUUUGUACAAAAGAUUCAGGAGUCGAGCGAAGGGAUGCUUCGCUAUGACACACCUAGCAUCCUUUCCAAGGACAAGUUUGCAUGGCUCCGCGACGACGAGUUUGCACGGCAGGCUAUUGCCGGAAUAAACCCAGUUAGCAUCGAGAGGCUCACGGUUUUCCCACCAGUGAGCAAGCUGGAUCCUGCAAUCUAUGGUCCACCAGAAUCAUCAAUUACCGAAGGGCACAUUGCUGGUCAGCUCAAUGGAUUGACAGUACAAGAGACCAUCAUGAUGUGUACAUGCCAUUCUUGGAUCGGAUCAAUGCGAUUGAGGGACGGAAAGCAUACGCAACCCGUGCAAUCUUCUUCCUGA